CCAGGCGGUCCACAGGGAUGCAUUCAUAAAACGCGUCUACUAACAUUCCGGACGCGUGGAGUUAACGGUUCGAGCACAUUGUGUAACGUCUUUGUUUACUUUCCAAUGUGAUUUUCCCACUCUCAGUUGCAGAUACUUUGCAAAGCAAGACAUUCGACUUCCAAAAUGAUGGAUUUAUUUAGGAGACCAGUUGUUCCAGAGCAAAUUUUGAGAGAAAAGGACCUUCAACUUUUCAACUUUGUAAAGCAAUGCUUCAUCGCAAAAGCACACGAUGGUAAGAGCUUUGUUCAGUUCAAAGGUGAGACAGAUUCAUCUGUUGAAGCAGCAUUGAAAAAGAAGUAUGAAAGAAGACAGGACAUUCUACACUGUGGUUUAUUUACAUCUAUUGCAAAACCAUAUCGUGAUUUGGGAGCUGUUGUUAUGGAUAACCAAGAUCUGUUUGCACCAUACAUCACUACUGAACAGCAGCAACAAUUAAAGAAAAUUAUGGAAAAAAAGUUUGAAGACAAAACAAUUCAAAAGAUUGUGGAUAUAAAAGCAGAACAGGCGAAGAAAUCUCAGGCUCCUUCAGCUGAACAGUCAAAGAAACAGAAUGGAUACUACUACAUUCACGAGUACUUAAAUGAGAAUAAGUGGAUAACUAAUGCAAUGCAUACAGGAAAGCCUCUUUCAUUGUGCCUCAAAGAACUGGAUGAUAUGUAUGCUGAAGCAAAAAGGCAACAACAAAUGAGAGCCUUAUCCUCUGCUCAGGAAAGAAAGCUAUCAAUGCGCCAACAUUCACGAAGAACAGCAGAUGAGCCAGUUCCACUUUCGACAUUGAGAAACACAGCUGCCAAAAGAUAUAAAGAAUGUGGCCUCUUAACACAGCCAAUUCCUAAAGAUUUAAAUAAUGAAGAGACAUUGAUGAACUUGCAUGCACGAAGAAGACAAUACAUCAAUGAAAAACUGGAAACAAUUUACAGCCUUUUAUGUGGGGUUGUCAAUAUGAAAUGCAAGGAUCUCAAACGUCUUAUGCCAAUGCCGAUCACAUAUGUGGAGUUUCUGCUGAAAGGACCAGAAGAAGGCGAGAAUCCGUUUCCUUUAGGACUCUCACAGUUGCUAAGGAUUAGCCGUCAAAAGAUGACCAAAUGUUACCCGUCAAUACUAUUGACUCCAAAGGAAUUGAGGACUCCUGAGCUUGUAUGGAAAACAUUUCUCUGCAAUGACAGUGCACCACCCAUUUCAGAUCAAUGUCGUAGAACAUCACAAGUGCUUAGCGCAACAGCGGCCUCAUUGAAAUCAGAUUUAACUGAAACUGAAGCUGCAGUGUUUGAACUUCCACCGUGGUUAGCGCUCAUUGAAGCUAAGAACACUACAGAACUGCGCUUUCGGCGGAAAUUAAGAGAGAGCAAGGAUACGAUUCAAACUCUGAAAGCAACAUUUGCAAAUUUACAGAAAACAAUGGCCAAACUGACCCAGAGGAGAAUACUGUUGAAAAAAGAAAAUCGUAAGAUCAGAAUGGGCGCCAUUCUACAGCUCCUUGAUAUUAGCCGUGAAGUGGACUUUGGAACGAUGAUCGAUUCAAUCGAUCAUGACACUAAGGUUCUAGAACCACCCAAGCACCCACCUCUUUGGUUCAUCAUCCUAAUGAAUGAAUGUUUAGAAUUUGGCAUCCCAGAAGAAACCAAUCCCCUGUUACAGAAACUGUCAUUUUUCCACCACUUUACUGCAAGUUGUGUACCUUCUGCUGAGGAAAAGUUAUGCCUUUUGGCAGUUUCCCUUCCAGCCCAUCAGCUCCUUAAGCUCGCAGUUCAGGAUGCUUUGCUGUUUAUCGUGCAAUGUAUUUUCAAGUGUUCUUCAAAACAUGUGAAGCAGUGGUACCAGUACAGAAAAUUACCCUUCACAUUAAUUUGCGGACAAUAGAGACGUACACACUUUGUUGAUCAAAAGAGAUGCAGAUUACUGAGCACAUCAAGCUGUAUGAAAAAGUACACCUUUCAGUGUUAUUUUUGCAAUUCCACUCUGGGGGUUAAGGAGGCUGAAGCACAACUGUGCUUGUAUCAUAUUCUCGAAUCAAAAAUAAAAUAUGACCUGC